CUUGAUUUUUAUUUUGAGACUCAUUUGUUUAAUAAUUUGUGGGCGGGCUUAUUUAUAUUGCGAGACUCGGUGCGCAUCCAUCUUUCAAUUCUGUUAGCAUUUAAGCCAGUUAUUUUGUUGUUAUAUUCAUUCAUUUACAUAUAUUUUUUUACAAAAUUUUAAAGAAGUUGGGGUGAAUAGCUUUUUCUUACUUCAACAUGUGCAACCCAAGAUUUGUCCGUAAUAGUGGGCAGGUUCGUGCCCAAUGUUGGCGGCCUGAAGAUCCGAUUUCACAUAAUUACUUUUACAAUUUACCUUUGAGGAGGGUAAUAAACACUGUAGCUAUUUAUGAGAACAGUAGCUAUUUUUAA